AUAGUGCGAAUAUCAAUAUAUGAGGGAGGAGGAAGGCAGUCCCACAGAGGCAGUGUAGAAAGGAGACGUGUAUUAAUUUGAUUGUAAUUUGUUUUUUAUUUGAAGAGGGGCAGAUAGAGGAGACUGGUCGGAGAGGAUUGCGAUGCGAAAAGGAAAAGAAGGGUUUCCUUUCUUGAAUUGCUUGCUGCCGAGACGAUCCAGAUAAGAACAGGUCUCUGAAUUUAGCUAUACUAUACUAUUACUGUGACUGUGACUGUGAGUGAGUGGUCAAUGAACAACAGCAGCAUUCUCAGCCAGUUGAUUUCCUCGCCUCCUGCAUGGGCAACUAUAAUCGCAGCUGCAUUUCUCGUCCCCACUCUAGCUCUCUCCAUGUAUCUUUUGUUCGAGCAUCUUUCCGCUUACAAGAAUCCCGAGGAGCAAAAGUUCUUGAUUGGGGUUAUCCUAAUGGUUCCCUGCUAUUCUAUUGAAUCUUUUGUAUCAUUGGUCAAUCCUUCUAUAGGCGUUGAUUGCGAGAUUCUAAGGGACUGCUACGAAUCCUUUGCCAUGUAUUGCUUUGGAAGAUACCUUGUUGCCUGCCUCGGCGGCGAGGAAAGGACCAUUCAGUUCAUGGAGAGACAGGCACCUGCUUCUCUUAAAACCCCUCUUCUACAACAUUCUUCUGACAAGGGCACUGUCAACCAUCCCUUUCCUCUUAACUACUUCCUUAAACCUUGGAAACUCGGUUCCGGCUUCUACCAAAUUGUCAAAUUUGGCAUUGUUCAAUAUAUGAUAAUCAAGGCUUUCACCGCUAUUCUCGCUGUAAUCCUUGAAGCCUUUGGAGUCUACUGUGAAGGAGAAUUUAAACCAGCAUGUGGGUAUCCUUAUGUGGCAGUGGUUCUGAAUUUCAGUCAGUCAUGGGCUUUGUACUGCCUUGUUCAAUUUUAUACUGUCACAAAGGAAGAACUGGCUCAUAUAAAGCCAUUGGCCAAAUUUUUGACAUUUAAAUCAAUUGUGUUCCUCACUUGGUGGCAAGGUGUGGCAAUUGCUCUCUUAUGCACCUUUGGUCUGUUCAAAAGUCCCAUAGCUCAAGGCUUGCAGUUCAAGUCAAGUGUCCAAGAUUUCAUCAUUUGCAUUGAGAUGGGCAUUGCUUCCGUAGUUCACCUGUAUGUGUUUCCAGCAAAGCCUUAUGAGCUAAUGGGAGACUGCUUUCCUGGAAGCGUUUCAGUUCUGGGAGAUUACUCUGCUGACUGUCCUCUGGACCCUGAUGAGAUUAGGGACAGUGAGAGACCCACAAAACUGCGGCUUCCUACACCUGAUGUUGAUACCAAGAGUGGGAUGACAAUUAGAGAGAGUGUUCGUGAUGUUGUUAUCGGUGGUGGUGGAUAUAUUGUAAAAGAUGUGAAAUUCACAGUCCAUCAAGCAGUGGAGCCUGUGGAAAAGGGGAUCACUAGAUUCAAUGAGCAACUACACAGAAUCUCCGAAAAUAUUAAGAAAAAUGACAAAGAUGGAAGAAGAACCAAGGAUGAUAGUUGCAUCGUCUCAUCAUCACCUGCAAGGAGAGUGAUUCGGGGAAUCGAUGACCCCCUCUUGAAUGGUAGUGUCAGUGAUAGUGGACUAUCAAGGGGUAAGAAGCAUCGCAGGAAAUCUGGAUAUACAAGUGCAGAGAGUGGAGGAGAGAGUAGUAGUGAUCAAAGUUUUGGGGGCUACCAGAUUAGAGGCCGUAGGUGGGUUACUAAAGAGUAGCCAAUGAUUUAGUGAACAGCUUAUGAGGAGGAGGAAUAAUUUGUUACAUUCUCAGGCUGACUUUUGAAACAUGUUUGGCGCAUGACAGUUCUGGUUGAAAUUUUUUUUAUAUAUAUCAUUUCUCCUCGGACGAAGUCAUGAUAUUCUUGUGCCAUUACUAUGAUGGGCCUUCUGUAUUUGUAUAGAGGUUUCUUCUGGCAGCUUCUAAUGCUUUGUACCAAACAAGAAAUUUGCAGCAGUGCCAGAAUAAGCCAGUGUUUGUCGAGGGCAAUACGUAUUUGAUGCUGGGGCUUUUAGUAUUUCUAAAUGUCAAUGUUAGUGUAUGCGAUCAAGUGUUUAGAGAAAUGCGCGUGUAAAUAUAUUUUUAUCAAAAGAAAUGUCAGAAACAAGCUUUUUUUAA